GACUCCCAUUUCGGAUCUGAAAACACACCCCGAGCUAAAGAAAAGACUCGAAAGUCUAUGCUUACACAAAGUGACAAGUAAUAAUGAUUAUGGCAUUCCAGGAUACAUGUGGAUCUGCCAUGGCAGGUUUAGCUUUUUUGUUUGGAGAUAAUGCAGUGCACCUAAAAUGAAUGGGUCUUCUUCUUAUUCUGUCAUUGUCCCUUCUUGGCAUCGUCUCGAGGCAUCUUUUCUCCCUUCAUACAUACUUCAACUGCAGUUGGCCAAGCUAUUGCAUUGGGAUUUGUUCCAGUAGAGUCUGUGUGGAGAAUCUUGAGGUGCUCCUCUGCCUCAUCAGCAAGGAAUGCUGCGUUCCAUCUUUCCAUAGCACAAGAGUGAAGCUGAUAGAAGACUUCAGGUGAGGAUUUCCUUUCACCAUUUCUCCCUCAGAUUAUAUAGCGAGUAAUUUGGGAAAGCAUAUAUUGUUCUUAGAUUUCUUCAGCUAAUAUCAAGGGGAAGAGGAUGGAUGGACCCUGUAAUCUUCUUCUUCUUCUUCUUCUUUCCUGGACUAGAAAACAGGCUGCUUAUAUUUCCUCCAGAUGACAAAACAUUUACUGUUCAAUUUCUUUUCUUAGGUGUUGAUCUUUGUUUCACCAAGAAACAUCCUUCCGUGCUUCUGAGAGUUACUCAAGUUCCCAUACAGAGCAGUUUCUUUGGAAGAAACUGGUUGAAAACCUCUCACCUCCUCAAAUAGUUUGUGGAAAUGAUCUACUGAAUCCUUUUAAUAUGCAGGACUGAGCUCAACAUGAAGAAUCAUAGUCUCAGACUGUUUAGAAUACCUACUCUUCUGUUGCUGAACAUGAGACUGAUCUAAUCUUACUUGUUUGUCAUCACCUUUCUUCCGAUAGGCAGAGUAGCUGCAGACUGAAUAAUCUGGUAGAGCUUUUUUGCCUAACAAAAAGAAGCUCAGAUGGGUACAAUCAAGAAGAUUAGCUGACUGAUAAGUAGCCUAGCUUUUGGAGGCAACCUGAAUUCCUAUCCUUUGCUUGAUUCAAUCAACUUGCAACACUAGUUCUUGCAGGUUUUCAUUCAGUUCUUGGAAGACAGAAUCUGAAGCAGACAAUAGAGUCCAGAAGUUGCAGUGUUUUGAACUCCAUUCUUGAUGAGUGAUGUCCUGAGGCAUGCAGAAAUUUAGUUCUUGGCACUAUCUUAAGCAUCUUUCCUCUUCAUGUAUGUAUGUAUACAUGAACUGCAAUUGGCCAAGACACAAGAUGCCAAAUGAUCAUUGAAUGAUGAGAUGCUCAGCUCAGUAAUAAUUAUGGGACCACUGUCACUUGUUCAUCAUUUGUUCUUUUUUUCUUGAAGGAAAUGCUUAUUUUGUUCAUCAGCUUAUUUUUCUGAAACUUUUGCAGAUCAAUCAACCAUUGUUUAGGAUAAUUUCUUCUUCAAAAGAUUAGCCAAGAAUAGCAAGAAUCCAAAACAAAAUUGGCCUUAUCCAACAGAGCAUCCCAAGUAUCACUCCCCAAACAUCAUCUUCAAUCCAUUUCUGAAAACCAAUGGAGAGAUGCAUGAAGCAGUAUGACAAGGACUACAUGGAAAUGAAAACGAUCAUGUUAAAGCAGGAAGGAACUUUCAGACACCAGGUCCACGAACUCCAUCGUCUGUACCAAAUUCAGAAACUGUUGAUGCGAAAUACAAAGACUGCUGCCAUGAAAAUGCGACGACAUAUGAAGCCAGAAACUGAGUUAUGGAAUGUAGAGAACGAGACAGCAUCUCACAGAAACUCACACAGGAGGCAACCUCUUUGUUCUCUUGAUCUGGAAGCCCCAGCAGAGUACAUCAGAAGGCACAAUGGAGAUGAAGAGAGUGAGUUGGAGCUGACACUUGCUACCGGAAGCAGCAGAUCUCAACGGAAGAGAAAAUAUGCUACGUUUACUUCAGAUUCAGGAUCAACCUUUUCUUCAUCCUCAAUUGAAUCUGGGGGUUUAGUCUCAGAUAUAUCCACCAGGUUCAGAAAUGAAGGAAAGAGUGGGCUCAACAUCGAGGAACAGAUGAGACAGGAUGCAGCAAAACAUCCUCCUUGGCUCUUCCAAUGUACCAAACAAGACAUGGUGGCUUCUUUCAGAUUGUAAUGAUUCAUAUGAUUCUAGCUUUCUACCACAUUUGACCUCUUA